AUGUUGAUUUUUGUUUCUGUGUUGUUGUUCCUGAAUUUUCCUGUAGCUUCCUGUGAGCCAAUAAACCCAGGAUGCUCUCUGGGCAUGGCAGAUGCUAUAUUCCAGGAUGGAGAUGUAUUGGUUGGUGUAUUCUUACCCCUUCAUGCAUAUCUAACAUCACCACAACUAUAUGGUCCUGAUAUUGAUACCACUAUGAAACAGAUACAUCCAAAUAAGUAUCAAUAUGUGAUAGCAUUGAAUUUUGCCAUUGAAGAAAUCAACAAGAAUAUACAUCUCUUACCUAACAUAUCUCUGGGUUAUGAUAUGUACAGUAUUGUUCAGUAUCAAGCAACUAUACUAGAGCACUCCAUCAGAUUUCUCACAGGCUUGAAAGAGGCCAUCCCUAACUACACCUGCAGAAAAGAAUCAAAAUUAAUAGCAGUAGUGACAGGAACAUCAUGGGAAUUUCCUUCCAGAAUCAGCACCAUUCUAGGUCUCUACAAAUAUCCUCAGUUGACAUUUGGGCCUUUUGAUCCAAUGCUUAGUGACCAUGUGAAGUUUCCUUUUAUCUAUCAGAUGGCCCCCGAGGACACAUCUCUGGCCCUGGGCAUGGUCUCAUUGAUGGUUCAUUUUAGCUGGACCUGGGUGGGGCUGAUCAUCACAGAGAAUGAAAAGGGUAUUAAAUUUCUGUCAGACUUGAAAAGAGAGAUGAAGAAAAACAGUGUGUGUGCAGCCUUUGUACAAAUGCUCAGUCUCAAAUACCGGUACAACUGGAAUGAUCUGCUCAGCACUGAUCCUGCAAUCAUGGGGGAAAUGGUAAAGGUGUUCAUUGUAUUUGCUGAUAUUGACUCUACUCUAGUUGUGAUAUUUAAAGCAUCAGGACAAGUAGACCCGUGGAGGGUGUGGGUCACAACCUCACAGUGGGAUAUUGCUAGCAGUGUAAGACAUUUCAUCCUGGACUCAUUCCAUGGAACCCUCAUUUUUUCACAACAUCAUCCUGAAAUUUCUGCUUUUAAAGAUUUUAUACAGACUGUAAACCCAUCCAAAUAUCCAGAUGAUAUCUUUCUUUCACAUAUAUGGAAAAUGUAUUUGAAUUGUCCAUUUUCACGGGUUUACUGUAAAACACUGAAAACUUGUUCAUCCAAUGGAUCCUUGGCAUUGUUACCUUGGCACCGAUUUGACAUGGACAUGAGUGAAGAGAGUUAUCACAUAUAUAACGCAGUGUAUGCAGUUGCCCACAGCCUCCAUGAAAUGCUCCAAGAACAUGCAGAUGUACAACCAGUGAAAAGCAGGAAAAGACUGGUUUUUUCCCCUUGUAGGCUACACCCUUUCCUGAAGAACAUCCAGUUUAAUAAUCCUAGUGGAGACAAAGUAGAUCUGAGCCAUACAGGAAAACUGGAAACAAAGUAUGACAUUUUUAACUUCUGGAACUUCCCACAAGGUCUUGGUCUUAAGGUGAAAGUAGGGACAUUUUCUUCUUUUCUUCCACGUAACAAACAGUUCUCUCUGUCAGAUGGCAUGAUCGAGUGGGGCACCAAAGACAAACAGACUCCCCUGUCUGUGUGCAGUACAAGCUGUGCUCCUGGAUUAAUGAAAUCCCCUCAGGAGGGCAAGGCUUCAUGCUGUUUUGAUUGCCACCCCUGCUUAGAGAAUGAAAUCUCCAAUGAGACAGACAGUAUUCAGUGUAUAAAGUGUCCAGAUGAUCAGUAUGCCAACACAGAACAAACUCACUGCAUCCCUAAAGCUGUGACUUUUCUGGCCUAUGAAGAUCCCUUGGGGAUGGCUCUGGCUUGCAUGGCUCUGUGCUUCUCUGCACUCACAGCUCUUGUUCUUGGUGUCUUUGUAAAGCAUCAUGAAACUCCGAUUGUGAAAGCCAAUAACCGCACUCUCAGCUACAUCCUGCUCAUCUCCCUCAUCUUAUGUUUCCUCUGCUCAUUGCCCUUCAUUGGGCUUCCCAACAUGGCAACUUGCAUUCUACAGCAGAUGUCAUUUGGAGUUGUGUUCACUAUAGCUGUAUCUACUGUCUUGGCCAAAACUGUUACUGUGGUUCUGGCUUUCAGAAGCACUGUACCAGGAAGAAGGAUGAGAUGGAUUCUGGUUUCACCUAACUUGAUCAUUCCCAUAUGUACCCUUAUCCAAAUGGUUCUUUGUGCAAUCUGGUUGGGAGCAUCUGCUCCCUUUGUUGACAUAAAUGCACACAAUGAACGUGGCCACAUCACCAUCAUGUGCAACAAGGGAUCCGCUACUGCCUUUUACUGUGUGCUGGGAUACCUAGGCUUUUUAGCUAUGGGAACGUUAACUGUGGCAUUUUGGGCCAGGAACCUGCCUGACAUAUUCAAUGAAGCCAAGUUCCUGACAUUUAGCAUGCUGGUGUUCUGUAGUGUCUGGGUCACCUUCCUCCCUGUCUACCAUAGCACCAAGGGAAAGGUCAUGGUGGCUGUGGAGGUCUUCUCCAUCUUGGCCUCCAGUGCAGGGUUGCUAGGAUGCAUAUUUGUCCCCAAAUGCUACAUAAUUCUUAUAAGACCUAAGAAUGGUUCUUUUAAAGGACUGAGAGGCACAAGAGUGUGCAAGUGA